AUUCCAAAAUAUGUAAGUUAAGAAAUUUUCCAAUAAUUUCGAAAAUUCUGAGUUUUCCGAAUUAUAAUGAAUGUUGAAAUUCCGAAAGUUUUUAGAAAAUAAUUUUCACUCUGAACUUUUUCGGAAUGGAAUUGAAUCCCCUAAUUCCGAUCCGAUCUGAUCCGUCUGAAAAUCAGCCGUACUAGUAAGCUUUGUAGCAUAAAUAGCUUUGCCAUUCAAAUUUGUCAAUUCUAUUUUCUUUUUCUCUUUUCUCUUUCCCCCAACCAAGUCGACUCAGAAAAACACAAUGUUCUUCCUCCGAGUCCACUCAGUGGAAACCAAUCACCCCCUCAGCCUCGAAGACGCCGAGUUCACCACUAUCACAACUUCCAAGAUCACCAGUGCUACUCAAUCAAACCCUAACACCAGCCCCAAAUUCAGCGAGCGAAGAGGCAUAGCUCACCUGUUCCGAAGCAUAGGACACUCGUCGCUGCCAAACAGUCCUGCCUCUCGAUCCACUCUCCUCUUCGUCAUUGCUGUUCCCAACUACCUCUCCUUCGACGACUUCAUCCGCUUCUGUGGGUCCCGAGUCGACCAUGUCCUCGAACUCGUCUUCAUCAGGAACGAUGGGAUGGAAGAUCGGUACAGUGUUUUAGUUGAGCUGAAGAAUCAGAUGACCGCCGACGGAUUUUAUCACACUUUAAAUGGGAAGAAGUAUUCGCCUGGAGAGGCUGAGGUGUGCCACAUUCUGUUUCUGCUUUCUGUGGACUACACAGAUUCAGAUGAAAUAGCUGGGACUCCACCAGAAGGAUGUACUGAAUUACCUACUUGCCCAGUUUGCCUUGAGAGAUUGGAUGCAGACACUAGUGGAAUAGCAAGUACACUUUGUGACCAUUCAUUUCAAUGUCCAUGCAUUUCAAAAUGGACUUAUUUAUCUUGUCAGGUUUGCCGAUUUUGUCAGCAGCAGGAUGAAAAGCCAGCUUGCUCUGUAUGUGGAAUAUCUGUGAAUCCCUGGGUUUGCGUAAUAUGUGGUUUUGUAGGAUGUGGAAGAUAUACAGAAGGCCAUGCUGUUAGGCACUGGAAGGAUACACAACAUUGCUAUUCUCUUGAGUUGAACAGGCAGCAGAUCUGGGAUUACGUUGGUGAUGCUUAUGUUCACCGCCUGAACCAAUCGAAAAUUGAUGGCAAGCUAAUAACUGAUACGGAUUCUCAAUGUUUGUCAGUGGAAGGGGAUUGUGACAGGUGUGAAUGCAGUGACGAUUCUGGAAUUAGUGGAGCCCUCUAUAGCAGCAAAGUUGAAACUAUUGUAGACGAGUAUAACCGACUUCUUGCAAGUCAGCUUGAGACUCAAAGACAAUAUUAUGAAGCUCUACUUAUGGAGGCCAAAAGUAAAAAGGAAAGUUCAAUUUUAGAAGCAGUGGAGAAGGCUGUAAAUUCCAAGAUGCUGGAUAUUCAAGCGAAACUAGAGAAAUGUCUUGAGGAAAGAAAUGCUGUUGAAGAUAUCAACCGUAAUCUCAUCAAGGACCAAGAAACCCGGCGCAGGAAGUUGAAGGAAAUUGAAGUGAGGGAAGCUGCAUUACUGAGGUUAAGAGAGGAGAAGAUGGUUGAUCUGGAAGAACAGAUUAGAGAUCUUACAGUCUACAUCGAAGCCCAAAAAACACUUAAUCACAUGACGGAUUCAGAUGGCAUCAAAGGGGGAACACUCUUGCCUGUACCUUCUUCAAAGCAAUCUUCUCCUGCCAACUCUAGAAGACAAACAAAAUCUGGCCGAAGACGGAACUAAAAGAUGGGCACUCAACAUGUCGUGUAUAGUAAUAAUUGUGUGUCCAGUUGAUUUUGGAUCAUGUAGCGAUUUCAGCGAGUCUGAAUCAACCAGUUGGCUAGGAUAUGGGUCCCUAGCCAUUGUAUCUUUUUCUUUUCUUCUAGCGAGUUCAUUACAUUGGAGAUACUUCUUCCAACCUCCAUAGUUCCUAUAAAUAUUUGUACUAACAUAUCUUUGGUCAGUUGAACCACCAUCAACCUGGCACAAUACAUCUACAGAUUUCCUAUACCUAAA